UCGUCAAAUAUAAAGACUGAACAUCACCUCCUCAUCAAGUCCGCAAGGGCUGUAUAGCCAGUCAAGGUCGUUAAAAACUUCCAUUUGUUCAUCAAGUCCAUGGAUACAGAAUGUAGAAUCUCGACAAAUUUGAAAAAUAACCAGAAGUGACUGUCACGUUAUCUUGAUUGAUAAGUAAUUAAAGAUCGUAAAACAGGAAAAAAGAAUGGAAUUUGGAUGGAAACAGUUCAUUCUUUUGUCCUUUUUGAAUGCUGUAAUAUUAAUUGAAGCCAUCAACCUGAAGAUAGCCACAGACAGAGCUGUUCAGAUCGUUUCAGAUAAAUACCUGAGUAUUGCCAUAGAUACUGGUAUCAUCCGACAUAACUGGGAAAACUUGAAUUUCGGCUCACCAAAGGUAGAGUCUUUAGCCAGAGCCUUGUCUCCAUGUUAUCUCCGUGUAGGAGGGUCAGAGGCUGAUUUUAUGAAGUUUUCACCAGACACACACAAUGUCAGAUUCUACAACCAAAGUGGCCUGUAUAUGUCAGAUUAUUAUGAUAAUAAAUUUGUUAAUUUUACGAUGUUUUCAAAUCAAUGGGAUGAGCUGAAUCAUUUUGUGACAAAGGUUGGUUGGAGUCUGAUCUUUGACCUAAACUCAUUACUGAGAGAGAAUGGACAAUGGCUACCAGAUAAUGCCAAACUACUGAUGGACUAUACUUCACAGAAAGGUUACAAAAUAACUGGAUGGGAACUUGGCAAUGAGCCUAACUCAUACAAACACCAUGUAGGAUAUUCCAUAUCUGGUUCACAGAGAGCUAAGGACUACAGCAAACUUCACAGUCUGUUAAACCAGUACCCACAGUGGAGAAAAAGUGUCAUAAUAGGCCCUAGUACCACCCAGCUAUCAAAGACAUCAGCUGAGAAAUAUUUCACAGAAUUUUUACAAACGGGAGGACCAGAUAUUGUUACAAAUCCAACAUUUCAUCACUAUUAUAUAAAUGGAAGAGAAGCUACAAUUGACCAGUUCAUGGAUAUUGACAUCUUGAAUAGUUUAAUGCCUGAGAUAAAUAAAGGCAAUGAAAUAGCAAAACAUCCUCCAUUUGGGAAAACAUGGCUCGGUGAAACAGGAUCAGCUUACGGAGGAGGUGCUCCAGGACUGUCUGAUACCUAUGUGGCAGGUUUUAUGUGGUUAGAUAAACUAGGAAUAUCAGCAGUGGGUGGAUUAGAUGUUUUAAUCAGACAAACUUUUUAUGGUGGUCAUUAUUCCAUAAUUGAUGACAAAACUAGUGAUCCAUUACCUGAUUAUUGGUUAUCAUAUAUAUAUAAAACUUUAGUCGGGAGAUCAGUGCUGAAUGUUUCAGUUGAUGAUCCAGAAGGCUUGGUUAGAAUGUACUCCCAUUGUACUAAUGUAAAAAGGUCUAAUUAUACUGCUGGAAGUAUAACAGUAUAUGGAAUGAAUCUUGGUAACAGCUUUAAAACAAUAAAUUUCUCACAAUAUGGAGAUGAUGUUACACUGCAUGUAUAUGUAUUACAACCCCAGGAGAGCUUAAAAUCACAGGCAGUAACACUGAAUGGGAGACAUUUAAAGCUGAAUGAAGAUUUCACAUUACCAAAUGUGUUGAUCCCUGUGAUAAGGACAGGAAAUGUAACAUUCCCACCACAAUCAUUUGGAUUUAUUGUUCUACCAAAUUCUUAAGCUGAAGCUUGUCAGACUGUAAAAUGAUAUUAGUCAUUUGGAAUGUAUCUCAUGCCUGCAAAAAUGUCGCGGAAGCAAGACUUUUUUGUGCUAUUUCUGACAACAGAAACAUAAAAAAAUUGUUGAACUUUGUGAUUAGGUUAGUCUUAGGGGAACAUCUAAUAGUAAAUCAAUGAUAUGUGGUGUUAAGUUGUAUUAGCAUUGACAGAUCUCAUGGAUUUUUAGGCCAUGACCCCUUAGUCAUGGUCUAUUGAAUUUGAAACUUUUGCAUUGGUUUACAUGAUGAGGUUGGUUUAAAGGGAACCAAUUAAGGUAAGUGAUUGAUAUUUGGGAUGCAGUUCAGUCGUAUAAGCAUUGGAACACAUCAUUUCCAUGAAGAUUUUAUGACCAAACACCCUCAGUCAUAAUCCAUUGACUAUACAAGUUAUGCAUAAUUUAAAUAUUUAAGUGUUGCCGUAUUUCAAUUUCAUUUUUAUGCCCCACCAAGGGGCAUUAUGUUUUUCAGUCUGUGCGUCUGUCCGUCCGUCUGUCUGUCCCACUUUAGGUUAAAGUUUUUGGUCAAGGAAGUUUUUGAUGAAGUUGAAGUCCAAUCAACUUGAAACUUAUUACACAUGUUCCCUAUGAUAUGAUCUUUUUAAUUUUAAUGCCAAAUUAGAGUUUUGACCCCAAUUUCACGGUCCACUGAACAUAGAAAAUGUUAGUGCGAGUGGGGCAUCCAUGUACUGUGGACACAUUCUUGUUUGCAUUAUACUAUAAAAAUUAUAUACAGGCGAGACAUACAGUUUAUCUCUGUGUUAACAGUUUAUUAGUUGAUCUUCAUGGGGAACAUAUAUAGGGCAUAAUAAGCUAUAGUCAUCACAUAAAAAAGUCUGUCUUUAGACAAUUUACAUUUUCAUGUUUCUGAAAUAACCAAGUCAGUUUCAUCAAAAUUGGCAGGAAAAAUAUACGGAAAGUCCUUCUUACAAAACCUUAUUUUUUAUUCUUUGAUCCUUAUAAACCAAUUUUUGUAAAUGUUCUCAGCUGUAGAAUCAAGAGAAUGAGGAUAGGAAGAAACAACAAACAGAUGUUGAUUCUCAUUAGAAAGUUUAAAAAACUACACUUGAAAUAUUUUGAAACUUAAGGGAAUUGAUGAUUGGACAGCUCUGUACAAAUGGUCCUCAUGAACUGUGGGGUAAAAAGUGUAUCAAAAGUACUGAACUCCAAGGCUAAUUCAAAAAAGGGAAGUCCAUAAAAACUGACAAAAUCAAACGCUAUCAAUCAACAGAACAAGUGAAUGUUGAUCCAGUGAAAAUCAUGGCAGCAAUGUUGGCACACAUUUUUAUUUUUGGAAAAGCACUUAUAAUAUCUUCCCUCAAAGUCUGAAACUACUAAGAAAGGUUCAAACAAACUUGGCAGAAAUACUGUACAGAAGGUCCAUUACAAAUUCUCAUUUGGUUCUGAUCAAAUGAACAAAUAACCUACAGGGAACUCUUUCAUCUUAAUUUGACAUUUAAAACAAUGACCUCUAAACAAUAAGGUAAAAUGUUACUAAACUUUUAGGGAUUGAUGAUAGGUGAUAAUUCUCAUAACCUGAAUCUCCAGUGGCAUUUUAAUCUUAUAACAAAAAACUCUAGGUGCAAUGCUAUAUAUAGUCCUUUUGGUGAUUAAAGGUUCUGAUCAAAUGAACAAAUAACCUACAGGGAACUCUUUCAUCUUAAUUUGACAUUUAAAAUCAAUGACCUCUAAACAAUCAGGCAAAAUGUUACAAAACUUUUAGGGAUUGAUGAUAUGUGAUAAUUCUCAUAACUUGAAUCUCCAGUGGCAUUUUAAUCUUAUAACAAAAAACUCUAGGUGCAAUGCUAUAUAUAGUCCUUUUGAUGAUUAAAGCAAAGAUCAUGGAUCUUUUUGAUAAUAAAACAAAGAUCAUGGAUCCUUUUGAUAAUUGAAACGAAGAUCAUACAUCCUUUAUCACCUUACAUCUUUCUUUUAUGCGAUGAAAUUCUAGAAAUUUUACCAGAAAUAAAUAAAGAACUUAAAGUAAUUAAAUUGAUGAUACAGACUAAUUCAUUUCCCAAUACGCAGAUGACACCUAUAAUACUUGGUAGUUCUCCCAAAUCUCUGUAUGAAUCUCUUCGCUUACUGUAAAAUAUGCUGAAAUGUCUGGUCUCCAUAUGAACGUGUACAAAACGGAAGUGGUGUGGAUAGGCAAAAAGAACUAUAGUUAACCUGAGACACCAUGUGUGGAAAGUGGGGGUUGGAAUGGGGUUCAAGUAAGUUUAAAUUACUAGGUAUAAACUUUUCUGUCUAUUUGCAUGAAAUGGAAUUUUUGAACUAUGUUUCAAGAAUAAAAAGAUAUUGAAAAUAUACUGUAAUAAAAAUUUGGUCUAAACAAACAUUAACACCAGUUGGAAAAAUAACAAUCAUCAAGACACUGAUUGUUUCACAAUUAAACUGACUGUUUUUAAUAUAUCAAGCACCAUACAAAAAUACUUUUAUAAAACAACUAAUUAAUAGAACUUAUUCAUUUAAUUGGGAAAACAAACCUGAAAAAAUAAAAAAAGAGAAAUAUUAUGUCUUGAACAUAAAUUUGAAGGGCUGAAAGUGCUAGAUAUUGGCACAUAUAUAAAGGAGUUGAAAUAAAUAUGGAUUCGACUUUUAUUGUUAAAAAGCAACCAGAAAAUAAAUAAGCUAUUAGAAAAUACCAAAGAAAAA